GAUUUGAUCCCACAAGAUUUAAUUUCAUCACAUCAAGUUACAUACGUUCUCGUUUCCAUCCUCCUCCACGCCGUGCAGGCUAACAUAUUAUUAACGCUUUAGUGGCGUCAUGAUGCACUCCUUCAUCACACUUUCCUUUGUUUCUUCGUUGUGUUCGACGAUUUCUGUCCUUGCUCUCCGAAUCCCUUUCGAUGUCCACGUUCAAACACCUGCUAACAACCCAACCACCCAUUUCCCUCGUCAAUCGUCUUCCAAUGGCAUAUUACCUGUCGGGAACACGCAAAACUCUUUCUACUACACGAAUAUCAUGCUUGGUGGUCAAAACAUAUCAGUGAUGCUGGAUACGGGAAGCUCUGAUCUAUGGGUGACCGGCUCCAUACCUGGAGCAACAGACACAGUUGGAACAGCUGCUGGCAUUCCGUCCGUGUCCUUUUUUGUAUCACCGCUUCGUUUUCUGACAUCCAGUGCAGUCCUUGUUGCAAAUGUAUCAUCUUUCUCCACAAAUAUUCAUUCGGAAGGGUAUGACGGUCUCAUCGGCCUUGGCCCAAAUUCUGGUUCCUCGAUAUACAAGAAACUCGACGGAAAUUCGGGGAAUAACCCAAUCAACAGAAUUUUCGAACAAACGUCCUCAAAUGACUACAUAACUAUGAUGCUCAGUCGCAAAGGAGACCCAGGGAGUAAUAUCACUGGCCAGUUCACCAUAGGAGAACUCGUUCCAGGAUUCGAGAAUAUUACCAGCAUGCCACAUUUGUCGAUUGAAAAGGUUUACAGAGUGACUGAUGUUGACCAGCAUUGGCAGAUUGUAACAGACAAGAAUAAUGGCAUCAUUGGGCCUGACGGACAGCCGAUCAAAUAUUCAUCGAUUGCCCCCAAAGCUCCUGACGGCACAAUAGUGGGAGUUUUAGACUCUGGCUUCACCCUGCCUCAAGUGCCUCGAACGGUGUCGGAUGCCAUCUAUGGGCGUGUACAGGGUGCCGAAUGGUCGGUUGCAAACGAAGCUUGGCUAGUACCUUGCGGGCAACUUAUCAAUGUUACCUUCAAUUUUGGGGGCGUUUCAUAUCCUAUUCACCCACUCGAUGUAUCGUCGAGUGACUUUGGGGUGACCUUCUCAAAUGGAAACCCAGCUUGCCUGGGAACGUUCCAACCAGUCACUUCUGCAUUUAGUCUUCUUGGAGAGUAUGAUAUGAUUUUGGGAAUGGCUUUCCUGCGGAACACAUACGCCCUGAUUAAUUAUGGCAAUUUCAUCACCGGCGGCUCAAAUUCCAAUAAUCCCUACAUCCAAUUGCUCCCGCUCACGAACGUCGAAUCCGCUGUCAACGACUUCAUUCAGGUCCGGCUGAACGGGCAAAACACAAUUAACUCUUCUCAAUACGCCCUACUUCCUGCAUCACAGGAACAACACUCGCCUGAGAGCGCCGCGGAGAAAAAGCAAGCAUACGAGGAACUGGUUCUAAGUCGUUGGCCUUACAUCGUUGUCGGAGGCCUGGUGCUCUUGAUUCUCCUCAUAAGUUAUUGCGUGUGGCGUUGUUGCUGUCGCCGCAAGCGGAUGGCAAAGAAAGCUGCCAAGAAGGCUGCCCAACAGAAUGGGGGGGCUGCUUCUGUGGACGGGUUUAAGAGUGGUCCCUAUGCGCAGUUGCAUGACUCCCAGAGUACGGCGAGUCUUGUUAUGCAACCAAUGCGUGGGUCUACCGUCGAUUUCGAAGAGGACUAUGGUGGAAAGGAUGCAUUCACAAGGAGUCGAUGAUACUUGCCACACGAACUAUAUGUAGUCUAAUAGAUUUAGUCUACUUCAGCUGCAGGACACUAAUAGUAGCUGGCUACUUCUGUUCAUUGUUUGUAUUCGUAACUUUGAUAAUGUUCAGAUCUCAAAUACCAAUA